CCAGCAAAAGAAAGGUGAAGAGAAAAAGAAAGGCCGUUCUGCUAUUAAUGAGUGGUUUUAAGAGACGUGCUCCACGUGCCAUUAAGGAGAUCCGAAAAUUUGCUGUGAAGGAAAUGGGCACUCCUGACGUCCGCAUUGAUACUCGUCUGAACAAGGCUGUUUGGGCUAAAGGUGUAAGGAAUGUUCCAUACCGCAUUUGUAUGCGUUUAUCUAGAAAACGUACUGAGGAUGGGGACUCUCCCAACAAGUUCUACACAUUGGUAACCUAUGUUGUUGUCACAUCAUACAAAGGUUUACAGACAGUCAAUGUCGAUGAAAACUGA